UUAUCGCUCACUGCUCGAGAUACAAUUGAGAAUCUCCCAACGGACUUUACGAGGUCCCUCUCAACGACACAACACCAGCAAAUUCUCGAGGCUUUCUCGCGACUCGAUCUUCUUUCCCAAGAUCACAACGUCCGAUUCGCGAAAUUGUUCCAGCUCAGAUGCCUCAUAUCAUUACUUUCUGCGAAACACGUUGUACUUCGAGCUGCGACAGGCUCUGGAAAGACCCUUGCUACGAUUCUCCCUCUACUCCUUUCUCCCAACAAGACAGCUAUCACUGUCAGUCACCUUUGA